GAUGGGGAUAAACAUUAAGAAGUCAAGUGGAAGGUGGUGAACUCAAACAUCGAUACAUCGCGGUUCGAUAAAUAGAAAAUUCCAUGCUUGAAUAUCGAUAACGUGGAAUGUACUACCCGAAUAUUAUCAUUUUCUGCUUUCUAGCAAAGGGUGCUGCCCUCUCAUUUUCACAUGUCUUUCCUGGCCAAACGCUGCGGGGUCAAAUUUGACCCUCCAUCUAUCGUGCUCGUGUACGAAGAGAGCGACACCAAGAAGAUGCGCCAAAGGAUCAUGCCAGUGAGAAACUUCUCGAAAUUUUCAGACUGCAACAAAGCAGCGGAGCGGCUGAAGAACAACGAGCGGCACCGCGUUUACCUGGAAGGUGUGUCACGGAAGCAGCUGGAGAGACUGCACGUGGUGCUGCGCGAUCGUCUGCGAGGUCGGACCCUGGAGGAGAGCCUGGCCGCGAUGGAGCCGGACCCCGACGAGGACCUGAAUAAGCUCGGCGACGACGAGUUGGCCCGCAGAAAGGCGCGCAUGGAUGAGCUCUUUGAGCGGAACCGCAAGAGGCAAGGCGACCCAGACUUUGUGUAUGACCUGGAGGUGGAGUUCCACACUGAGGACGCCAAGGAGCCCUGCAGCUGGGAUGAGGACGAGUCUGACGAUGAGGUUUAGUACUGGCCCAGGUGCGGCCAUAGCGACAGCUAUCACAGGGACAAUCGAUAUACGGACUCUUGUCCCUCUUGAUAUCAGAUCAAUGGUCGCACUUUGUUGCGGUGAGUCAUGAAGGACAAAAGCAGCUCCGAGAACAGUCCUUCUCGUACGGAACGCAACCGUUUCCAGAACAAAACGGAUGUGUGAAUGUUGAAAAUCUGAGAAGAGACCACGUUAACCUCCACCCUACUGAACACGCUGGAAAUGAUCUUUAAUGUUGCAUGGUGGCCCAGCUCCGUUUUCCCCUCUCAUGUUCUCCCAAGCUGCUUUGGCAUCACUUAGCUUCUACUUUAUGUUACCGUGAAAUAAGUUCCAAAUGGACUGUAUUACUGGAGGUAUUACAGAGUUACCAAAUUAUGAGACAGUUUGUAGCGUAGUAGUUAGAGCUUCGCAGGUUUGAUCUCCGGCUGUAGUAC